CAUUACUAAUACUCACAAGCCAGCAAAUGCCUCUUUCUCCAAGUUUAUAUAAAGAUGACAUUCUUACUGUUUUGGAAUCCCAUCAAUCACUUCAUAAAAACAACUCACCAUGACUCUCUCUUCUGGUUCAAGCUUCCCCACAGGAGUUGAACUCACAUAUAUUCCUAUCGACUUGGCUACUAUCAAACAGGCCAAUGCCUUGGGUUGUGCUAAGCCAUUCACAUUGAAGGUAGACAGAUUGAUUGAGCAGAAUGCAGACUCAAACAUUUUGUUUGUGUCCGUGCCUGUGGCGUUUGCACCAACAUGUACCGAGGGCCACAGCCAGCCGUUUUUGGCUCAUUUGGAGAAGUUGAAGAAGGAGAAGGAUAUUUCGGUUCUCAUUAUCUUGAGUGCCAAUGACCCGUUUGUGAUGAAUGCCUGGGGUAAGUUGUUGCUUCAGAACGCUGACUUCAAUCCGGACUCGGAGUUGCCAAAAGUAAUUUUUGCCAGCGACCCCAAUGCGGAGUUUUCCGUAGCAAACGGAAUGGCGUUGGAUUUGACUAACGAGGGUUUGGGGAUAAGAACGGGCAGAUAUGCCUUUGUGGUGAGGACAGGAACCAGAUCCGUUGUAUAUUAUGGUAUGGACCCAGGACACGACGAUGUUGUAGCCAGUAGUUAUGAGACUAUAGAGACGGCACAGUUUUGAAAUACAAAUAAGAAUAAAAAGUGGUUUCUUUAAAAACUACUAGUGUAGCAGCUC